AUGGGUAGAAGAGCCAAAAAUAAGCAGGGUGUACCACCAUCCUUUGAGGACUUCCAAGCAAAGAAGGAGAAGAAGGAAGCAGCAAAGAAGAGAAAGGCCGAAAAUGUCGAAAAAUCAGAGAAGCCUGUGAAGAAAUCUAAGAGCGAUGAGAAGAAGCCAUCUAAGGAAACCAAGAGCAAGAAGAAAUCAAAGAAGAACGACGAAGAAGAAUAUCAAGAUCCCGUUGACUUACCGGAAGUAGACCUCGAGGAACUCUCUUCUGCAAAGAAGGCCUUGUUUGAUGACUCCGAUGGUGAAGAAGAAUUAGAGGACGAUGAGUUCGAUGUGGGUGCUGAGGAAGAAUUUGACUCAGAUGAAGAAGCUCGUGCCAAUCCAAUGUUCUCUGACGACGACGAAGAUAUGGAAGAAUUGAACGCCGCCAACAUGGAAGCUUUAUCCAGAAAGUUGGACGAAGAAGAAGAGUUGGAGGCCGAAGAAGCUGAAAAGGAAUUGUUGGAGGGUGACAGAAACCAACCAAGAGCCCAAAUUUUGCCAACCGAAGAGCAAGAGGAAGAACUUGCCAAUGCACCAAAGGACAUCACCGUUAUCAGAACCAGAAUGAUCGAGAUUGUGAAGGUGUUGGAAAACUUCAAGGAAUUGGCCGAGGAAGGCAAGUCAAGAAACGACUACACUAGUAGAUUAUUGAGAGACAUCUGUGACUACUUCGGCUACAACGAGUUCUUGGCCGAGAAAUUGUUCAACUUGUUCUCCCCAUCUGAAGCCAUGGAGUUCUUUGAAGCUAACGAAAUCUCCAGACCAAUCACCAUUAGAACCAAUACCUUGAAGACUAGACGUCGUGACUUAGCUCAACACUUGGUUAACCGUGGUGUUAACUUGCAACCAAUUGGUGCUUGGACUAAGGUUGGUUUGCAAAUCUUUGACUCUCAAGUUCCUAUUGGUGCUACUCCUGAAUACUUGGCUGGUCAUUAUAUCUUACAAGCUGCAUCUUCAUUUUUACCAGUCAUGGCAUUGGAUCCACAAGAGAACGAAAGAAUCUUGGAUAUGGCCGCUGCUCCAGGUGGUAAGACUACUUACAUUGCUGCAUUGAUGAAGAACACUGGUACUGUGUUUGCCAAUGAUGCCAACAAAGCAAGAACCAAGUCUUUGAUUGCCAACAUCCACAGAUUGGGAUGUAAGAACACUAUUGUCUGCAACUACGAUGCUAGAGAAUUUCCAAAGGUGAUAGGUGGUUUUGAUAGAAUAUUGUUGGAUGCUCCAUGUUCAGGUACUGGUGUUAUCGCCAAGGAUGAGUCCGUCAAGAUCAACAGAACUGAAAAAGAUUUCAUUCAAAUUCCCCAUUUACAAAAGCAAUUGUUGUUGUCAGCCAUUGAUUCCGUUGAUGCCAACUCCGCCACUGGAGGAGUUAUUGUGUACUCUACUUGUUCGGUUAUGGUGGAGGAGAACGAAGCAGUUGUCGACUAUGCGUUGAGAAAGCGUCCUAAUGUUAAGUUGGUCGACAGUGGCUUACAAAUAGGUAAGGAAGGUUUUACUUCUUUCCGUGGUAAGCAUUUUAACCCUAAGCUUUCCUUGACCAGAAGAUACUAUCCUCACACUUAUAAUGUCGAUGGUUUCUACGUUGCUAAGUUCAAGAAGAUUGCUGCAUCCCCACACGAUAUUUCCAAGGCUGGUGCCAAGGAGAAGGAAUCAUUGGCAAGAGCUGAAGCAGAAGAGGAAGGUAUCAUCCAUGAUGAUUUCUCGGUAUUUAACGAUGAUGAAGAUAAAGAUAUUAUUGACCUGGCCAUUAAGAGAAGUAUGAAGAGAAAGGGUAUAAAUCCUAACGCUAAGCGUUCCACCUAG